CAAAAUCUCCAGGAUUAUAUCCGUGAUAAAAAUUUAAGUUGUGAUUUGAAUGAUGAGAUAUAUCGAUUCAGUGAAUGCAUCGAUAUAUCGCAUUAAAUAUCGAUGUAGAAACUAACGUGUUUUUAACCUCAAAACAUUCCCUAUGUCGCAAUGGUCACAAUGAACAGGUUAUUCGAAUUCCAAUGUUUAACUGUGUGGUGGUCUUCAUACGUUUAAGCAGAGAAUGAUACAUUAUCUUUUCGUAUUAAAAACAACGACAAAAAUCAAAGAUACAUCGACAAAAAUUGAUUCUAUGUUUUACUAUGUUUUAAUCAGACGAUUUGUUAAUCGGGUUGUCAGUUUUUUGCAAUAUUUUGUAAGAGGUAUACAUAGAAUACAGUAUUCGCAAGCGAUUGUUUGUUAUAAAAAAGAAAAAUUUUAAAUAAGAAAAAUUCGUUAAAUAGAAAAUCUUGGUUUUUUUUUCAAGAUGGACACUGCAAGUGAAAUAGACUUUCCCAAGCAGAUACAAAAGCUUUUAUUAAAAAAAGAGAAAGAAUAUGGUCAACUAAAAUUUAUUUCGUCUCGGGCUACAGAGGAGACCUCGUGUUUCAUCGACAAUCUAUUAGAAGCUAUCACAAAUAUUGUUAAAAAAGUCAACUUAUAUUAUGUUAAAAUAUAUAGUGAUGAAGAUACUUCCAAACUGUGGGAUGUUCCAUCAAAUAUUAUUAUGGGUUACAAUCAUUUUUUGUUGAACACUAACUUCACUUCGCAAUAUCUUCUUGCGGAAGACAUACUAUUUGGCCAUAUAGUCGAUUUAUGGCCUACUUUGUCACCGUACCUCUUCAUACAGAUAAUAUGGCAUAUAAACUGCGAGGACUUGCUGGUUGAAUCGCUUAUGCAUUUGCCAUUAGAUUUAUGCGUGGAAAUUCUGGAGAUAACAAUCAGAUGCAUAAACGAGUUGGAAAUGCUACGGGGCAGACGUCUUGUUAUUCUUUUGAUCUCCAAGUUAUACUACAAAUGCCAGUGGUUGCAUUUAGGCACGCUGUCGAACCAUGAUAUGGCGGUAUUUACCCAUCAAUUAGUAGCACAUUUUCAGGCGUUGCUAGAUUUGAUCAAGUCUACAUUUAUUCCCCUUAAGUCGCCUGUUCAGGACAGAUACGUACAGCAUGGUAUUUUCUUAAAAAAGAUGCUUCGCUGUAUCAAAACAUGCAUGAAUUAUAAAACUAAGAAUUUGCCGUACGACAUCGCAUCAAUGAAAUUUUUUAAGCUUACGUAUGGCAAUUCCUACAAUAUAAAUUAUUUUCAUAAGCUUUCUAUCGAGGACGUGAAGUCUAUUGUAGCAACAUUGGAUCAAGAAUUGGUUGCCCUACUUCUAAAUGAAAUCAAGCAAGUGGAUUGUAUCGAGUAUAUGGGUUGGACAGAGGUCGAUGACGAGGAGAAUAUUAUGAUUUCGUUACAGCGCGCCUUCAUCAUCGAGUGCCACUACUUUAUAGAGUUUAUGAAGCAGGAUGAAUUUUUGCUUACAAAUGAGCAUCUGCUUCACUGCUUACAACAACUUGUAGGUUCAUCAUCCGAAGAGUCUGUCUUAACUCUUCAAGAACUCUGUGAUAGUAUUGAGAAUGGUAAUUUAGAUGGCAUGAAAGAAUUAAUGAAACGUUACAAGCAAUGGGACUUGUCUGUAUUAAAAUUUGUCAGUAGAAAAACUGAAUUGUUAAAUACGGAUGAUGUUGGUGUCCUACUUGAAUAUCUUCAUCACAUAUUUGUACCUAAUAACGUUUAUAAGGAGAAGUAUCAAGCCUAUACAUUGGUAUUUGAGGUAUUGAUACGACAACAAUUGUCGGAUAUGUAUUUUAUUGUACUGCAAUACACAUUGCGACAUUUUGACAAUAAUAAUUUAGUAAGCCUGUUCAAUAGUAAACACUUCGAGAACUUUAUAAAAAACAACAUAAACAUGUUUGAUCAUCAGAUAUUGCGUAUCAUUUUGAUCUUUGUUAUGUUGAAUCCGAAGAGGGUGUUAACCACUUUGGUGAGAGUUGCAAUAGGUAGCACUGACAAAGAAUAUCAAAAUGUCAUAUUAAAAAGACCUCAGAUAUAUUUUCUAUAUGCAUUUUUUGUCUCACAAUUGGACAGUCAAAAUAACUUACUAACGUAUUUACUGAACGAGGUCCGGUACUGCGAUCGCUCUACGUGGUGUUACAAGCAAUUUGAGACAUUUAUGAAUGAUAUGCUUCAAGAAGAGGAAAUAAACCCGGACGAUAUGCUAAAUAACUUUUAUAUUCCCUGUCUGACAGAUGAUUUCUUUAAUUGCUCAAACUUGCUUUCUGUGCUCAUACACAUGUACUCUAUUCUGAAGAAAAAAAUCGAACAUGAAUCAGAGAGAACAAAUUACGUCAAAUACGAGAAAAAAACAAGAGCAUGUUAUUCGGACAGGACAAAUUAUGUACUGCUAAUUAUACAGUUAAUUAAGAGGAUGUCAGCGCUAAGAAAAUACAAUCCACUUUUCUUCAGGAGUACCGUGAACAAUUUACUAAACCGUGGAACGAUGAUAUUACACCUUUUAUUCACCACGCCGGGUUUGCUAACGACAAACAAUCGGAACGAGAUUGUUAACAAAGUUAAUAAUUUCGUGCAGCCAAUUGAUCAAAUAUUGCUGGCACAUACUCCGUAUCAGAUAAUUAAACGCGGUACUGUGCGCGACGUGAUCCAGAAUUAUGAGAGACGUUGCUUCACGACUUACCAGCUACUGCGCGAUAGUACUGCAGAUCCACAAUGCAAACUUGAGAUGAAAGAUCAAUUCGACGUGCACUCUUUUCAAUUGGAUCAAAAGGCUUUAUUACGUCACAUGAUAUUGCAUGCUUCCGAAAAAGAAUACGAAGUCUUUGCUAAUGAGAUGAUAUUUUCCUCGUCCUAUUUUGGUUGGACUAACGAACUGGUGGCAUAUGAGAAUGUAUUGCACAUUACCGCCGAGGCGAUGCAACUCGUCUUGAUAUUCACAGACAUCUUUCCCAAAGAUACAUUUAUUUCGCUGUUGCGUGCACUUGUGCGCUAUUGUAACGUAUUUGUAUGUCUCAAACAUUGGAGGUGCGAAAAUCAAAAAGCAAUCUAUAGUUUCUUCUCAAAGCUUCUGUUCUCUCUGAAAAGUACAGUCAAUGAAACACACUAUGGCAAAAUGUACAACGAUUUGCUCACAUUAGCCGAUGAUACAUGUGUCAACUCAAAUUAUGAGAUAACAGAUUACUUCUGCAAGAUUAGCAACUUACUUGAGACAUACUGUGUGCAAUUUGAAGAAAUAAAAAGUGCUUCUACAACAAGUAUAGCAGUUGACAUGUUUACGGCAUAUCAGUUUGUAUGCAGUUGCAUUGAUAAUAAUUAAGAGAAAAAGAAAUCGUGCACAGCUGAUGAUUAAGCAAAAUAAAUAUAUUCCUGAAAGAAUAGAUUAGUUCCGACAAAAUAUGAAAAAAUACUUGCAUGAUACGUUUUUAGGCUAAUUUUAUAUAAAAGAAAAAAAUGUUUUUCAAUGCUCCAAUCAGAAUGCAUUAAGGUAAUCUCAUUUAUUUCAAUGAUGACUAAAUCUUCCUUGCGCGAAAUCGAAAAUAAAUUUUUAAUUCGAUUUAAUAUGUAAAUACUUUUUUUAUUGACACUGUAUAAUAUCGAUUUUUAAGAAUUAUUAUUUAUAUUAAAUACUCCGUGCUUAACAGUUUGCAAAAUUACGUAUUGUUAAUCGAAUGUUUUAAGAAUUUUAGAAAUUUUUUUUCCAGUAUUGUGAGAAUAGAAACUUUGAAAGUUUAUUUUUGUUAAAAAGAAAUUUUCAAAAUUUUUAUGUAUGUUAUUGAGAAAGAACACGAAUACUUUACUAAGAUACUUACCUUUCUUAAAUGUUUCUCCGAAAUUUUCAAGACAUUCGAUUUAUUUCUCCGUAAUUAUUUUUCUAGCUGAUUAGUUAUUUUAUACUGGUUGUUAAAUAUCGGAGUGAUGUAUGAAUCCUAGUAUUACACAUAUAAGAGAAGAGACAAAUUUUUGAGAGAAAUUUUCCAUCUAAUGAAUAGUAUUGCAACUGCAUUUGAAUGUUUUGUAAUAGUAUUGUGCGUUAUUUAUUUUUUAAUUGUCUAAUAUAUAAAACAAAUGUUAUAACCAAUAUAAUUUUAUGUUCAUUCAACUUUAUAUUUAUUCGAUUUUAUGUAAAUUUUUGUGAAAUAUUUGAUUGUUUUAUAAAAAACCAUUGUGCAAAUAAUUCUCUUGAAACAUUGUAAUUUGGAUACUGCAGUUGUGAUAUUUUUUAUUGUUUUCAUUUAUAUUUAUACUGAUUUCUAGGAAAAAAUGGAUUUAUUCUCAUGUAUUAUGAUAUUUUAGUAAUAAUUUAGUUUUUUUUUAGAGAUAAGUGUAAGGAGAUAGAAGAUUUUUUAAUUGUACAAAAAAAACUUAUAUUCGACGAUCUUUUCGUCAUAGGGAGAAAAUCCUUAUGAAAAUAUAGUUGCGAACCUGAUUCUACCUCAUGUACAUAAUAAGUAUAUACAUGUGAUAAGCAUUGGACUGACAAUUAAUAAAAUAUAUGUAAGAGAUACAAAAAAAUGAAAUGUAAAAAAAUUUUAUUUAAAAUGUAUAGGCUAGCGUUAGCUUAAUUGAGUUCUUUCCUUCACAAACAUGAAAUUUGAUCUUUCAUCAUAUAAACCGAAUUACGAGUAAUUAUCUAAUAAAUUCGAUAUUUUUACAAUUGGAAUAUUAUUGUGUUGCGAACUUAAAAGUAAUAACUUAAGAAUUGAUUUUUCCGUAAAUAAUUUAAAUCCUGACACAUUUUCGGAAAAAUUAAAAUAAAAUCGAUCGAAGUAACAAGAUUAUACUCUUUUGGUUCCAAAAAAGAUAUAUGUAUACACUCAUAUUUUUCAACGCAGGAUCAUGUCCAAUUGAUAACAAUCGGCUUGAAAAUUCUAAUGCUAUAUUUGUGCGACAGUAUCAAAUACCAUAUUACUAUGAGAGUAAAAAAAAAA